AUGAACAGCGUCAGGGGUGCCAUCCUCUUCUGGGCAGCGGCAGCAUGGGCUAAAAUGGAGCAGCCUCUGGAAAAGAGAGAUGAGGCUGGAUUUCAAAACUGCAAGGAUGCCUUAAAACUACCUGUUCUGGAAGUCUUACCUGGAGGGGGCUGGGAUAAUCUGCGGAAUGUGGACAUGGGACGGGUGAUGGACUUGACGUAUACCAACUGCAGGACCACAGAGGACGGACAGUACAUCAUCCCCGAUGAAAUAUUCACCAUUCCCCAGAAACAGAGCAACCUGGAGAUGAACUCAGAAAUCCUGGAUUCCUGGGUGAAUUACCAGAGCAGCACCUCCUACUCCAUCAACCUGGAACUCUCCCUUUUUUCCAAAGUCAAUGGCAAGUUCUCCUCUGAAUUCCAGAGGAUGAAGACCCUUCAGGUGAAGGACCAUGCUAUAACUACCCGGGUUCAGGUAAGAAACCUGCUAUACACAGUUAAAAUCAACCCAGCUUCAGAACUAAGCAGGGUGUUUAAGAAGGAGCUCAUAGACAUCUGUGACCGUCUGGAGAACAACCAGACACGGAUGGCCACCUAUUUGGCAGAACUCCUGGUUCUCAAUUAUGGCACCCAUGUCAUCAUCAGUGUGGACGCUGGGGCUGCUCUCAUUCAGGAGGACCACAUCAGAACCUCCUUGCUGCAGGAUAGCCAGAGCAGCCAUAGUGCAAUAACUGCAUCUGCUGGAGUUGCCUUCCUAAACAUUGUGAGCUCCAAAUUUGAGGAGAAUUACACGUCACAGAAUACCUUCACCAAGAGCUACAUCUCAAACCGAACCAACUCCAGAGUGCAAAGCAUUGGAGGGGUUCCUUUUUACCCAGGCAUCACCCUCCAGGCCUGGCAACAGGGCAUCACCAACCACCUGGUGGCCGUAGACCGUGCUGGACUGCCUCUAUAUUUCUUCAUCAACCCCGACACGCUGCCUGAUUUGCCGGGGCCCUUGGUGAAGAAGUUGUCUAAGACGGUGGAAGCUGCUGUGAGACGUUAUUACAUGUUCAACACCUACCCUGGAUGCACAGAUCUCGAUUCACCCAACUUCAAUUUUCAGGCCAACACUGACGAUGGCUCUUGCGAGGGGAAAAUGACCAAUUUCUCCUUUGGUGGAGUUUAUCAGGAAUGCACCCAGUUCUCAGGAAAUGAUGUUGUCCAACUCUGCCAAAACUUGGAGGAGAAGAACCCACUCACUGGCGACUUCUCCUGCCCUUCUGGCUACUCCCCAAUCCACCUGCUGUCCCAGAUCCAUGAGGAGGGUUACAACCACCUGGAGUGCCAACGGAAGUGCACCCUCCUCAUCUUCUGCAAGACGGUGUGUGAAGAUGUGUUCCGGGUGGCAAAGGCCGAAUUUAGGGCUUUUUGGUGUGCGGCCACUGGCCAAGUACCAGAAAACUCAGGACUACUUUUCGGGGGCCUCUUCAGUGGUAAGAGCAUAAACCCUUUGACAAAUGCACAGUCAUGCCCAGCUGGCUAUAUUCCAUUGAGACUUUUUGAAAACCUCAAGGUAUGUGCCUCUCAGGACUUUGAGUCGGGAUAUAGGUUUUCGGUCCCCUUUGGUGGGUUCUUUAGCUGUGCAGUCGGGAACCCCUUGAUGGAUUCUGCCAUAUCCAGAGAUAUAGGGGCACCUUCUCUAAAAAAGUGUCCCGGGGGCUUCAGCCAACACCUAGCCGUCAUCAGUGAUGGGUGCCAAGUGUCCUACUGUGUCAAGGCUGGGCUUUUUACAGGAGGGUCACUGCCCCCCGUCAGGCUCCCACCUUACAGUCGGCCACCCCUCAUGAGUCAGGCUGCCACCAACACAGUCAUAGUGACUAAUAUUGAGACUGCAAGUUCCUGGAUUAAAGAUUCCCAGACCCAGCAGUGGAGGCUGGGAGAGCCCUUAGAGUUGCGCAGGGCCAUGACGGUCAUCCAUGGGAAUGAUAGUGGUCUGUCAGGAGGAGCAGCAGCUGGGAUCACAGUGGGGGUCACCGCCGCCCUGGCAGCUGUCAUCACUCUGGCCAUCUACGGCACCCGCAAGUACAAGAAGAGGGAAUACCAGGCAUUAGAGGAGGAGAGGCAGAGUUUGGCUCCAGGCACUGCAGAGACUAGAGACAUGCCUGACCAAGAGCAGGAGCAGAGUCCAGCCUGA